CUUUUUCUACUUCUUCUAGGUGCUGAAGUCUUCAGCAUGGCCAUGUUAGGGUUUAGGGUUUAAGGGAGACCCUGUGUCAAUUGGUGUCGCCGUGUGCGCCAGUGGUCGAACUUUGGGGAUUCAAACCACGCAUUUGAUUGCUGCUUGCUUGAUUGAUUGUAUUGGAUUGCAAGAAGUGGCAGCCAUGGUGGCGAAUAAGCAGCUGGCGGUCACGAAGAAGCUGGGGAAAGAGUUGCUCCUGUCGCGUGCGCAUGUUAACAAUGCGCCGCUGCUGCUUGCUACUCUGACGUCGUCGCUGCAGGAUUCAACCACAGCUAAUGCUGCGGUUCUGAAAGAGGCGCUUCUUUCUUUGCAAGCCUUUUUCGUUCCCCUGGUGAAGUCGGGAGAUUUCUCCCCUGCGGCCCAGAAGAGGGCGAGUGAGGAGUUGCAGAGGGUUUCGGGAACGUCAGAGGCGGAUGGAGGGAAUCAGGCUGAGAUGGCCAAGGCGGAUGCUAUUUAUAAGAAGUGGAUUUGGGAUCGGUACCGGGAGUUUGUUACUACUUUGCUUCGCUUCGUGGCUCGUCAUAAUGCAAUACCAGAGGUCCAGAUAGCCGCUUUGCACACUAUAAUGGAGCUAGUACGAGUUGAAGUGUAUGGAGAAUUCAACAAUCAUCUGUAUUUGAGGCUGUGCUCUACAUUCGUAUUUUCGAAAGCUUUCAACAGUGGGCUUCUUUCGGUUUUCGUAUCAGAUUAUUUCAAGUACAUAGAUGUCUGUUACUACACAUAUUCUAACAUGGACAAGAUUACUGUGAAAAGGCUUUCCCAAAAAGGGUCUGAAGCAAUCUCUAGUGAUGAUGAAGACGACAACCUUCGUAAUUUCACUAGCGUGCAUAGUAUGGCGAGUAAUGUUUACGACAUUUUAAUCAACUUACCAACAUUUUCUCAGGAGGAUUGUACUGAAGUCUGGAGUUUUUCUGCAGGUUCUGAAGAUGGUGGCACCAUUUCUGGGAAGAAAGUGUCUGGUGAAGUUUCUCAGCACUAUACGAAUCAGAAGAAGCAACGCACGCGAGUGAGUAAAGCUUGGCUUGCUUUCUUGAAGCUUCCAUUUCCAUAUGAAAUCUACAAGAAGGUUUUAGCUCAGCUGCACAAACGCGUCAUUCCCUUCCUUUCGAAUCCAGUCCUUCUUAGUGACUUUUUGACAAACUCAUACAAUGUAGGGGGUCUCAUCAGUGUAAUGGCUCUCAAUGGCCUCUUCAUUCUCAUGACAAGUCAUGGCUUAGAGUACCCUGAUUUUUACAAUAAACUCUAUGCUCUGCUCGAGCCAUCUAUAUUCGUUGCCAAGCAUCGAGCACGUUUUUUUGAGUUGACAGAUACUUGUUUGAAAUCAACUCACAUUCCGGCUUAUUUGGCAGCUGCAUUUGCCAAAAAGCUUGGUCGAUUGGCAUUGUCUGCUCCACCAUCCGGUGCUCUCGUAGUAAUAGCUAUGAUUCACAACCUUUUGCGUCGACAUCCCUCCAUAAAUCAGCUUGUUCAUCGGGCUUCUAGUGCCUCUACCUCUUCAGAUAUAGAGGCAUUGCGUGGUGCUGAUCCGUUUUUGCCUUUUGAAGCAGACACUGCAAAGUCCAAUGCCCUGGAGAGUUCCCUGUGGGAGAUAGAGACAUUGAGGAGCCAUUAUUGUCCAGCGGUUUCCAGGUUUGUGGCAUCAUUAGAAACAGAUUUGACUGUAAGAGCUAAGACUACAGAAGUUAGCAUUUCAGACUUCAGCUCAGGAUCUUACACAACAAUCUUUACAGAAGAAGUGUCAAAAAGACUCAAGGCUGUGCCAUUGGCGUUUUAUCAAACUGUUCCGACCUCUCUUUUCUCUGAGAUGACCGAGGACUUUGUCGGUUGGAAGUUCAGUCAUACCCCCAUUACAUUACAGAAGUCUGAGGAGGAUCAUAACAAAGCCUCACCUGAUGGGCUUGAGAACAAAGUAGGUGACGCAGCUGCUCGUGAAAGUGGCAUUGACGGCGUGCCUAAAGAACAGAACAUUGUGUCCAAAAGGAAGAGACCUAUUGAGGAAGAGCAGCCUAAUGGAAGUGAACUGAAUGGGGUUGCUGAAGGCAGAGGAAAAUCGAAGAUUGUAUCCGAGGAGAAAGUCAAGUCUUCUACCAAGAAAAAAAAGUAGUACUCAAGUAACGAACAAAAUUCUUUUCAUUACGAAACUAUUCAAAUUUCUAAUGCAAUUUACUGUCUGAAAUGAGAACUGUAUUUUAUCGAGAACAGUUAUUUGGGAACUGGGGUGAGGAGUAGGAGAUGUUGAAGAUGACGUGCUUGUAAGGAAAAAAACGAUUAGAGGAAUGAUAUUUCAGUCAAAUCGUCGACGGGGACACGGGAAGCAACUAGUGUUUUUGUUAUAUGUGAUCUAAUUGAGAUGAACUGUACAAGCAUCUAAUUUCGGACUAA